CAACACUUUGAGCAGCUGUCAGCCGAUCUGAAGGUGGCGACAGAAUGCAGCAAAAACUUGUCAGCUGAGUGGAACAGUACACAGGCAGCUGAGCUGCUACAGGAUAUGAAGACACUGAGGGAGGCUCUGCACAAACACCAGCUGACAGAAUGCAAAGAUGCAGAGCCAAAAGAGUGCCCUGAAGCUGAAGUGCCCCAAAACGGAGGCCUGAUCUGCAUCCCUUUUGGCAACAAGCGAUACUGCAAACCUAUGUGCAACCAUGGCUAUGAUUUUGGUUUCAUCAGAAUCAGUCGCUUGUAUGAAGAAUGCAGUAAGGAGACGAAGUAUAAGUGGACGACUCAGUACGUCGGAGGAAACAGACUGGCUGUGUGUGACGAAUCAUCAAUUCAGAUUUCAGGAGCAAAAACUGCAUAUUUUCCAAAGGAUCAGGACUGCCUGGUGACUAAGGCCAACAAGUCGCUGCGGAACAGCGUGAUGGACGUUUUUGCAUCCGAGCUGAAGAAUAAGGGUGUGGUAGGAGACCCGCAGCACGCCUGCUUCAUAUGCGGGUGACC